GAUUCACUUUCAUACUUUCUCCAAACCCUAAACCCCCAACAGAGGAUUUUCACGAUCAUCAUCUCUGGUGAUUCACGACUGAAUCAUUUGAUAUCGACUUCUAUUUGUAUUGAUCUCUCUUAUUAUGGCAGUAACGAGGCCGAUUUCCUCAAAAAGGUCGUCGACAAUGUUUUGCAAAGGCUCAGGGACAUUCCUUGUUUGGAAGGAGAAGGGAUUGAAAUGGCAACUCCAUUUGGAAUCGAACAUCGAAUCAAGCAAGUCGAGGAAAAAUUGGAUUUUGCUCACUGCGACGAAACUCGAAUUGUUGGAAUCGUUGGGAUACCUGGUAUUGGAAAAACCACUCUUGCCAUGGAAUUGUACAAGAAAUCUAGACAACGGUUCGUACGUUGUCUGGCUUUUAUGAAGAUCCGUGAUAAGUGGACAGAUUAUGGUGCUGAGCGUGUGAGGAAGAUGUUCCUUGAAGAUUUACUACAGAUCACAAACAUAAGUGAUGAUGAGGCUACACAUAGUUGCUUAGAGAGUAAGUUGCUCUCGAAUAAAGUCUUUGUUGUUCUUGAUGAUGUGAGUAGCGCAAGACAAAUAGAAGUUCUUCUUGGUGACCGAAAUUGGAUUAAGAAAGGAAGCAGGAUUGUUAUUACUACCCGUGACAGGGCAUUCAUUGCUGAGUUAGAUCCAAAUCCAUACGUGGUUCCAAGAUUGAAUCUUGGAGAUGGGUUGAUGUAUUUUAGCUUUUAUGCCUUUGAAGAUCACGUUUGCAAUCCCGGGAUGGGAGAUUAUUUGAGAAUGUCUAGAGAGUUUGUGGAUUACGCUAGAGGGAAUCCGUUGGCUCUCAGGGUAUUGGGUCGGGAUCUUCGUGGGAAAGAUGAAGCGCAAUGGAGAAAGCGGCGUGAUACGUUGGCAAAAAGUCCAAACAAGAGUAUUCAAGAUCUAUUGAAAAUAAGUUAUGGUGAACUUAGUGAACAGGAGAAAGAUAUGUUUCUUGACAUUGCUUGUUUCUUCAGAUCAGAGGAUGUGUAUUAUGCUAGAAGCUUACUGGAUUCUGGCGAUACUGAGUCCUUUCGAGCUCCGAGGGAGAUAACAGAUCUUUCCCACAAGUUCUUUAUUAGUAUCUCUGGUGGACGCGUAGAGAUGCAUGAUUUACUACAUACAUUCGCCAUGGAACUUUGUUCAUUAACAGCUUGUGGAGUAAAUCAGGAGAAACUUAGGCUGUGGAAUGAAAAAUCCAUUAUCGCUGCGCUACAUGGUGAAAUGGAAACCAAAACUGUCAGAGGGAUUUCUCUAGACAUGUCUGAAGUACCGAACAUGCCUUUAGACAGGUUGGUCUUUACCAAAAUGUGCAAUCUCCGCUACCUUAAACUCUACAGUUCUGCUUGUCCACUGGAAUGUGAAGGUGACUGCAAACUAAACUUCCCUGAUGGACUUUCAUUUCCAUUGAAAGAGGUCCGAUAUCUCGACUGGCUGAAAUUCCCGCUGGAGGAACUUCCAUCAGACUUCACCCCGGAGAAUCUUAUUGAUCUCAAGCUGCCUUACAGCAAGAUUAAACAAGUCUGGAAAGUUUCUAAGGAUACACCGAAACUGAAGUGGGUCGAUUUAAACAACUCAAGAAUGUUGCAGACAUUGUCCGGGUUUUCAAAGGCCCCAAAUCUUUUGAGAUUGAAUCUUGAAGGUUGCUCAAGUCUAGUUUGUUUGUCUGAAGAGAUGCGAACAAUGGAAAGUCUUGUUUUCUUGAACCUAAGAGGAUGCACAGGUCUCCGGCAUCUACCAGAUAUAAAUUUGAGUUCAUUGAGAACUCUUAUCCUCAGCGGCUGUUCGAACCUUCAAGAAUUUCGGCUAAUUUCAGAAAAUCUAGAUUAUUUGUACUUAGAUGGAACUGCAAUAGAGGAUCUCCCUUCAGAGAUUGUGAAGCUUCAGAAACUUAUCUUAUUAAAUCUGAAAGAGUGCAGGAGGCUUGGGAGUCUUCCAGAGUGUAUUGGAAAGCUUAAAUCUCUUAAAGAACUGAUUCUCUCUGGCUGUUCAAAUCUUAAGAGUUUUCCAAAUGUUGAAGAGAACAUGGAAAAUUUCCGGGUGUUACUACUUGAUGGAACGUCAAUUGAAGAGGUGCCAAAGAUACUGCACGGUAAUAAUAGCAUAUCGUUUCUACGCCGUCUAUCUUUAAGCAGAAAUGAUGUGAUAAGCAGCUUAGGAUCUGACAUCAGUCAACUGUAUCAUCUCAAAUGGCUGGACUUGAAGUAUUGCAAGAAACUCAGAUGUCUUUCGACACUUCCACCGAAUCUCCAGUGUUUAGAUGCACACGGUUGUAUCUCUCUGGAAACAGUCACGAGUCCUUUAGCCUUUCUUAUGCCAAUGGAAGAUAUUCAUUCCAUGUUCAUCUUCACAAACUGUUGCAAACUCAAUGAUGCCGCAAAGAAUGAUAUUGCAUCCCACAUUCGGAGAAAAUGCCAAUUGAUCUCAGAUGAUCACCACAAUGGGAGUUUUGUCUUUCGAGCUUUGAUCGGAACAUGCUAUCCUGGAUACGAAGUACCUCCAUGGUUCAGUCACCAAGCCUUUGAUUCAGUGGUAGAAAGAAAGCUACCUCCACAUUGGUGCGACAAUAAGUUUCUUGGACUAGCUCUAUGUGCAAUUGUCUCGUUCCAUGACUACAGAGAUCAAAACAACCGUCUUCUGGUUAAAUGUACCUGUGAAUUUGAAAAUUUAGAUGCAUCAUGUAGCCGGUUCAGUGUUCCUGUUGGAGGUUGGUUCGAACCAGGAAAUGAGCCGCGUACGGUCGAGUCAGACCAUGUAUUUAUCGGCUACAUAAGUUGGUUGAACAUCAAGAAACUACAAGAAGAGGAGUACAAGAAAGGAUGUGUUCCUACUAAAGCUAAGCUUAGAUUCAUUGUAACAGAAGGGACUGGUGAAGAGAUUAAACAAUGUGAAGUGGUGAAAUGUGGGUUCGGUUUGGUGUAUGAGCCUGAUGAUGAAGUUAAUAAUGUUGUUUUGUCGACGAGGACGAGUAUGAAUGGUGAAGCAAGCACUCUAAUAUCCGCAGAAGAUGUUAGUGAUUAUCCAGGUGAAACUCCAACAACAGCUAGAGGCGGGGUAAAUUUUUUUUGGCCAACGAUAAGGCGAUAAAGGGUAAUUUAUGAACUUAGUUUGUCACACGAAGAGUCGCUAUCCAACAAGCGUCUAAACUUGCAUGAUGUACAUAAUUGAAUAUCUAUCGCUGUAUACCAAUAUUACUUUAUUCAUAGUUAUGCCAAAGUCAAAGAGUAUCGAUUCA